UGUUCCCUUGCAUGUGCACUUAAAACCUCUUCUUCACUCCAUUAAAAUCCCUUAAAACUCUUAUUUCAUUAAUUUCCUUUUAAAUCUCAAACCCUAACACCAACCAUGUCCACUUCUUCAUCAUCAUCAUCAUCCAAUCUCUGGUUAGCUUCCUACACAAAACUCCAGUUCUUCAAACGAAUCAGACGGUUCUUACGGUCCAAAACUUCACAAAAAAUCAGCCCAAGAACCAAAGUUUCGAUCCAUAAUAAUGAAGAAUCAGUACAAGUUGUUAAAGAAGAUGAUUCGAUUGUUUUGCAGAGAUCAGUGAAGAAGCUUCACUUUGGCAGCUGGGAGGAAAAAGAGACGGCGGCGAUGGAAAUCGGAAGAUUGGCUAAAGAAGAUGUUAAGACGAGGAAGCUGAUGGCGGAGCUCGGUGUUAUUCCGGUGUUGGUUGAUAUGGUCUCGUCGGAGGUGGCUUGUCGGAGACUGAUUGCUGUUCAGGCUUUGAUUGAGCUUGCUAAUGGAACUUACACGAACAAGGCUCUUAUAGUAGAAGCACAAAUACUCUCAAAACUACCAAACAACAUAAAAAUUACAGAAGAAUCAACAAGGCAAAAAUUUGCAGAAUUGAUUUUAUCACUAUCUUCUCUAGCAAACACAGAAUUCCCAAUUUCCUCAUCAAAAAUUUUACCAUUUCUAGUAGAAAUUCUUGAAUCAAGCACAACCCUAGAAACCAAACAGUUAUGUUUGGCCACAUUAUACAACAUCUCAACCGUCUUAGAAAAUGCCGGACCGUUGGUUUCUAAUGGUGUAGUUCAAACUCUUUUAGGUCUAAUUUCAGUGAAACAACUAUCCGAAAAAUCCUUAGCCACAUUAAGCCAUUUGGUAGUUACCGUGAUGGGCAAGAAAGCUAUAGAAAAUAACUCAAUGGUACCAGGAAGUUUGAUUGAGAUAUUAACAUGGGGAGAAAAACCAAAAUGCCAAGAAUUAUCAGCUUAUUUAUUGAUGAUUCUCGCAUAUCAAAGCUCGGUUCUUCGCGAAAAAAUGGCGAAAUCGGGGAUUGUACCGGCUCUCGUCGAAGUUUCAUUGCUUGGAAAUUCAUUAGCACAGAAGAGAGCUUUGAAAUUGCUCCAAUGGUUUAAAGAUGAGAGGCAAAUGGGUCCACAUUCCGGACCACAGACAGGGCGAAUUGCGUUAAUGGGGUCGCCAGUUAGUCCGAGAGCGAGUCAAGAAGGAAGGAAGAUGAUGAAGAAUUUGGUGAAACAAAGUCUUUAUAAGAAUAUGGAGAUGAUAGCAAGAAGAGCUAAUAAUAAUAGUAAUGAUUCUUCAGAGGAUUCUGAUUCAAAGCUUAAGUCCUUGGUGAUUAGUACAAGUUCUAAAAGCUUGCCUUAUUGAAGAUUUUUUAUACUAAUUUUUUUUGUUUGUUUAAGGUGCUUUGAUUAGGAGAGAAAUGAAAUGAACAAAACUCCUCAGGGAGAGUAAUUAUUAUGAUGCAUUUCUUGUGCAGCAUGUAUACUCAAUUGUACAUUUUGUUAAGGAAAAGAAACAAAUUUGAUGUU